AUGCAAACCAAUCAAUCCCUCAACAACUUCUUUGAGACACCUUUUGGAGGAACUCCAGGUCAAGGUGACGGAAUGACUUCCAGUGGUAUUUCACUCUUUGGUAUGAACAAUCACGCUCAGCUGAGGAAUGUCAUAGCUUCUGGAUUUGAGGAACCGGCUCGAGGUCAACACGACAACCACAGUUCCCGUCGGUCUUUAAGUCAGGUGGGCCCUGGAAUGACUGACCCCGGGGACGCGCGGUUCUUGAGUGGCACCAGAGGGCAAGACGGACGUUCGAUCUCACCACAUGCAAGGUCAUCCCAAAGUAACCCGAACCGCUUCACCUCCCGCUCCUCGUUCCAAUCGCUCAACGGGCAAGGGGGUCCUCAAGGCCCACUCAACGAUUACGAUGGGUUCAAUGCUCACCUAGAAACUCAAAUCGAUGACGGUGUGUACGCCAACCCCCUGCCCAGCGCAACCCGGAAGACGUUUGACGCCAUGUCCAAACAGGCUGGUUUGGAUUCUGUGACUCACGCUUUUGCCAUGCAACACGCUGAGGUCUUUGGCGAGACUAACUGUCGCUUGUCUCAAGUCAUUGUUCAAGGACGCCUCUUGAUGGACGUGACCAACUUACGGUCGCAAGUUACCACUCUUACUGAGCAGAUGGCUACAGUUACCGAGAUUCUCCGGGGUCUUGCCGAAGCCCCAGCUUCGGCGGCAAUCGAGCGUCCCGCUAGCCGCGGGAGCUCGGAGGAAACCGGUUGGGUUGCUAGUGCCCACCUCUAUGAUGUGAUGAAUCCACUGGCCCUAAGUCUUCUGAUCUCUCCCCAAUUGACCGCGUACACCGCGGUGAAGAACCGACAAGAGGGCAUCCUGCCGAAUUCUUUGUUUAACGUCAUCAAAGUAAGCACUAUCUUUGGAAGCUUUGGAAGCUGA